AUGCUUGUGCCGGUAAUAUGGCUGAAUACAGCUGAGGAUUUCCAGUGGACAAAGAAUAAUCCAGGCUCUUUCUAUUAUGGCACUUUUCCAGCUGGUUUUUUAUGGGGUGUUGGAAGUUCUGCGUACCAGACUGAAGGGGCCUGGGACAAGGAUGGGAAAGGACCAAGUAUCUGGGAUGCUUUUACUCAUGAGAAAGGGAAAGUGUUCAGAAAUGAAACAGGAGAUUCAGCAUGUGAUGGCUACUACAAAGUUAAGGAUGACAUUCAGUUACUGAAGGAGCUGAAAGUUAACCACUACCUGUUCUCCAUCUCAUGGCCUCGGAUUAUGCCCACUGGCAUCAAAACAGAGCAAUUGAAUGAGAAAGGAAUACAGUUCUACAACGAUACAAUUAAUAGUCUUCUGGAAAACAAUAUUAUUCCUAUUGUGAGCCUCUACCACUGGGAUCUUCCACAGGUUCUCCAAGAAAAGUAUGGUGGCUGGCAAAAUAUAAGCAUGAUAAAUUAUUUCAAUGAUUAUGCAAAUCUGUGUUUUGAGAAGUUUGGUGAUCGUGUGAAACACUGGAUUACUUUUAGUAAUCCUUGGGCAGUCGCUGAAAAGGGUUAUGAAACAGGAGAACAUGCACCAGGACUGAAGCUCGGUGGAUGCGGAGCAUACAAAGCAGCGCACCAUAUCAUUAAAACUCACGCGAAGGUAUGGCAUUCUUACAAUAACACAUGGCGUAGUGAACAGCAAGGUAUGGUUGGAAUUUCCUUAACUAGUGGCUGGGGUGAACCUGUUGAUCCACACAGACAGACAGACAGAGACGCUGCCGAAAGAUACAUACAGUUUCAUUUGGGAUGGUUUGCAAAUCCAAUUUACAGAGGAGACUACCCAGAAAUUAUGAAGAAUUACGUAGGUAGGAAGAGUACCCAGCAGGGCCUGGGGACAUCAAGAUUACCAACUUUCUCGGUGCAAGAGAAAACCUAUAUUAAAGGCACAUCGGAUUUCCUGGGAAUAGGUCAUUUUACUACUCGUUAUGUUAUACAGAAGAGCUUUCCCUUUCUACAAGCAUCCAGUUACCACACUGACCGUGAUUUGGCUGAACUGGUGGACCCAAAAUGGCCAGCUCCAGGACCCAAAUGGUUAUAUUCUGUGCCUUGGGGAUUCAGAAGAUUACUCAACUUCAUUAAGACACAGUAUGGGAACCCUCUCAUUUAUGUAACAGAGAAUGGAGUUUCUGAAAAGGUACAGUGUACUCAACUGUGUGAUGAGUGGCGGAUAGAGUAUCUGAAAGGAUAUAUUAAUGAAAUACUGAAAGCUCUAAACGAUGGUGUUAAUGUCAAAGGUUAUACUGCCUGGUCACUGCUGGAUAAAUUUGAAUGGAACAAAGGCUUCUCGGAAAGAUUUGGAUUUUAUCACACUGAUUUUAAAAACAAGAACAAACCACGAUACCCGAAGGCAUCCGUUGACUAUUAUAAAAAGAUUAUCCAUGCAAAUGGAUUCCCACAUCCAAGAGAGGUGGAAAAUUGGUAUCAGAAGGCCAUGGACACUUGCUCUGCCACACACCAACUCCUUGCUACAGAUUCCCUGAUUACUCACAUGGAAACAGUGACAGAGAUUGUUCUUCCUUCAGUUUUCACACUCUGCAUACUCAUCAGUAUUGUCCUACUAAUAUUCUACCUUCGAAAUCACAGAUAAAAUUGCAUGCUUACACACAUCUUCAUUUUGCAUAAUAAAAUGCAACUGGUUUAUAUUGGUUAAAGUUUACCACCAAUGCCGCUUUUCAUAUCAGUGUAAAGAUAAAGAAAUAUACCUAUGCACCUAGCGCUUCUACAGUUUCUUCUAUUCAAUUUCCAAAACAUUUUUUUUAAUCAAAACCCAAAGUAUAUUUUCUUUCUGCAUUACUUUCUACUAAUUUUAAGUAGCAGAUUUUAUAUUUCUUAUUAUUUUGGAAUCUACUAUACAUUUUGUUCACAACAAAAAAGUUAGCUAAGAUUAAAGUGAUUCAAAUCUUGCCAGUACAAAUUUCAAGUGAUUAAAAGCUAUUUGCAAAUUCUGAUUUCAGUCUGUUCAUCAACAGACUUCUAAUUAGCAUGGAACUGCUAUUUGAAGAGAGACAGACACAUUAUUUUAAAAUGGAAAAGGAUUUAACUAUUCCAAGAGCAGUGCUUAAACAUUAACUUAUUUUUCAUGUUGAAAAAUUAGGAUAAUAUAUGCCAUACUAUUCAGGUGUGGAGAAGAAUUAUUUGAAGUGAUUAAUCAAAGACGACAACUGCUGAGUCAGAUUUAAACCAAGGACUCUGUAGUAUUGUUUACAGGGAACUAAGUUUACCUCAUAUGACUUUAUAAAACAUUACACACAGAAAUGUGCAUUUUAAGUAAUCCAAGCACUUCCAGAAUGUAAUAUUCCCCCUCAAAUUGUCUUCUUAAGUACAUGAUUAUAAAAUAUUUGCUCCAGAAUAUGGCCACCUGGCUAUAUUUGUUUUUCUGUUGUGCUUGAGAUUAUUCCUCUAAAGCAAAGCAACAAACGAGUUUUCUCUUUAGCUUGCUCUACAGUUGCAACACUGCCUGUGCAUACACUGACUGCAGAGUAGCAGUACAUAAAUCCAAAGCACAGCCUUGUUCUUAGCUCCUCUUCAGAGGCUUUAACUAUUAAACUGAGAGUUACUAAGCUGUAACAUUAGGAAAGGGAUAAGAAAUAAGAUUUACUGAGGAGAAACCAGAAAUGGUAGAAAUUUAGAGUUUUUAAAAAGCAUGAAUAUUGGGAUUUUCCUUAUUCUUAUUUAUCAAUAGUUAAUAGUUUCUUUUAUGCACAACAUUUCUGUCUCAAUGCAAAACAUUUCUGUCUCAAAUUAGUUUACCAGCAUAUACUACACUAUGCAAUUUUUUUAAAGUUGCACUACCAAAAGGUUACAUACGCUAUCUAAUCAACAUAAGAACAUAUGCAACUGUGAGGAAUUAAUGCCAACAUAUUAAAUUAUUAUGGCCAGCCAAUUAUACUGAACAUUUUUUCAGAAAA